AUGGAUUUUUUGAAAAAAAAAUCUUGCAUUUGUUUUUUUCUUGUUUUUUUGUUUUCUUUUUGUUUUUCUGCAUCUAAAAAUGACAAAAAUUGGAUGGACCAACAUAUGAAAAAUGAACAUCAUAUAGAAUCUUAUAAUUGUGGUAGUUUUAAUGGUUAUUGGGUUGCAAAGGAUUUUAGACGAAUUUAUGGGCUAGAUAAUGAAGAUUUAUCAGAAGAUGAUAAACAGCAACUGGAAACAAAACUUUUAUAUUAUCUUGACAAAAACAAUGAUGGAAUUGUUACUUUAAAUGAGUUUAAAGAGUUUAUAAAUGAAGGAAAUGUGUUGCCUGAUUUGGGUUUUCAAGGACAUCAUGAAGAUUUUGAGACAGAAUUUGAUAUUCAUUAUAUUGAAGUGCAUUAUAAGGACUUUAAAGAUGGUCAAUCGGAUUGGAGUUACUCUGAAUGUAUUGAACAUUUCAAAAAGCAUCGUGAAAUGUUUUACAAGGAAAAUCUAUUAUUAGAUCAGGAGAGAAAGGCCUUUAAUACAAUGAAUGAUAUAAAUAUUAUUAUAAUACCGGAAAAAUAUUUAAGAAGAUAA